CUGAGCUAGUGGACAGCUGGAUGUCGGCCGAACUUUUGCUGGAAGUUGACUAUCAAGGAGAUCUUCGGCGAAUCAGUGUCACUCUGGGUGCACAGCUGAGGGCAGCAUUUGAAGAAAUCCAACUGGCAGUUUGCGAAGGCUUUGGCCUUGGUGAGGAGACUCUCGUAACUCUGAAGUAUGAAGAUGAGGAAGGUGAUCUUUGUACCCUUACUCCUUUGACUAUAGAGGACUUCCUGCUUCGCCCCAUCUCUUGUUCAGAGGAGUUCCACACUCCGCCCAAACUCCUCCUGAGCCGCCGUGGUGAAAUGUCAUCAAAGAGUUGCCACAGAGUUGCCACAGGCUCUAGAGGCUCUAGACCUGCACAAUACUUCUCAGGUGGGUUAAAAUCCAGGAUGUCUGGUGACCAGAAUCUCUCCCUGGAACCCCCGGGACGGGCCUCUGAAACUGGGACCCUGAACGGCAUAUAUGGCAUACCUUCCGUGACUGCAGUGACGGGCGUUCUGCCGGUUCUACGCAGCCUGGGUCCUGUGGCCUUGUUGGCAUGUCUCAAGGGGUUGCACGAGAGUGGACGACUCACUCCAGAAAUCUUGGCCAGUUUGAUGCUGCAAUUCUUACCCAUCUUUGCGCAACGCGUGCAACGCAAGGUAGAAAAGAUGAAUCGGAAAGGCCUGAAAAUGCGACAAGACAAGAACUUUAAGCCACUGAUGCACUUUAUCAAGAGACUUUGUAUUCAUUUCCAGGAAAUUCCUGAGACAAGGAACGUUCGUGAUGAUCUGCAGAAUUACUUGGCUGGUAGCGAGGCAGCGCGUCUUGGUGAUACCUUGGCAGAACUCUUGCGCUGUUUGGUCGCGUGCAGCUCGCGUUCAACGUUGGCCAGUGCGCUUUUGGCUGUUGCCAAGGAUAUCCUCCGAGUCGUGUUGCCAUGUGUCUUUCCUGAGAGCUUUCAAGACACCAGACCUUGUUCCGAGUGGGCUGCCAUCCUUCUUGGCGCCCCAGUUCAUGGAGGCAUCGCAUGUGCCCUGUGUCGGCAGCAGAACAUUGUGGGGCCGCGCUUCGAGGGCCAACAACAUGGCGAAGGUGGCGAAGGCCGAAGUUUGUGUGGACACUGCUUUGUGAAGGAGACAGUGAAGGGGAAAGCUGAUGAUUCCAGUUAUACGUGCCGCCUGGCUCCUCUUGGUUAUGAUGCAGAGGCGGCACUAGGAGAUAUCAACAGCAACUCACUUCCUAUGGCUGCCUUGCUGGCCAUGAAAUAUCACCCACUGGAUUCAUUGGUUUCCGCUCCUUCGCCAUCUCAAAUUCGACCUGGGAACUUGGAGUUGGUCCACUUCUGAAAUGCACGCCGCACAACCCAAGGACACCCAAGGUUCAUGUGGCACCUGCAUGUAAAGACAGUAGAGCAGGCGCCAUUUAAGAUAAUUGUUGGUUUGGAGGCCUAUGGAUUGGGCACACUGAUUCCAGAAAUUCCGAUUUCAUCACCUGAGGGGGAGACUUCGGAGUCCUUUUCAUUUCCAGGACAAUUUAUCACCAUUUGUCCGUUUGUGCUUGGUUUCUAUCCCCCAUGCCAAGUGAAGGCAGCAGUUGCAGGUGCGGGGACUUGUUGUGAUUCAAGUGUCCAUCAGGUGUGGCUAGGAAUAUGUUUAAU